AACGGUGACUGCAAGCCGGGCAUGGGAAGGACGUGUCUUUUGGACAGCCUAAAUAUGGUUACGGACGGCGUGGCGACAUUGCGCAAAAUUCCACCCGGUUCGUUUUACAGCAUCAUAAUCGACGUACUGCAGCUGCCCACGAGCCCAUCCGGUCCGUUUCUGUUGCGAAUUAGCGAGUUUGUGGACGCGCUUGAGCUGAACAUGUACCACGAACAAGUGUUUCAAUUACCGUCCGGAACUGCACUGCAGACUAUUCAGGUUCUCCAGGCAAACUCCUUGCGGCAGGUCCUCGUGGGUACUGACGGAGUUACGCUCACAGAAUUGCUCUUCUAUUCGUGCGCGCUCGAUCGCAUUCCACCUUCGAUCGGUAACAUGCCGCUGCUAGAAUCGCUGACCAUUUCCUGGUGUGCGUUGCGAGGUUUUUCAUUUGAUGCAUUCAAGCGCAAUCCCAAAUUGACUGCGCUCGAUCUGAGCAACAACCAAAUCGAGACGAUACAACCUUCGACAUCGAUCGGUGAGGAGGCCACCCUGGCGAUCAAAAAUCUGUACCUUUCGUCUAAUCGCCUUUCGACCCUCGACAUGACGACCUUUGCGAAGUUGUCGGCCAUACGCAUGCUUGAUCUACGGCAUAACAAUCUCGCAAGAGUGGUCGCUGAAAGCUCCGUCAACUGGCCAACCAUGGAGAUGUUGGACCUGAGCGGUAACCAGCUGCGGACGCUUGAUCUGCAGUGGUUAUCAGCACCGAACCUGGGGCGCUUGAUCCUGAGCUCAAACUUGUUCGAAGCGAUACCCCAGCGUUUGCGGCGUUUCCCUAACCUGCAGCUGAUCAGCCUGUCGGAAAACAACUUUACCGGGUUCGAUAUCGCACCGCUCAACGGCCUGCCCAUGCUGAACUCACUCGAUCUUUCGGUCAACCCUGCCGCUCGAUACGUUCGCAGCUCGCGCCCCGUGCUGUUGCCGAUGUUGAACAAUUUGUACGUCGAAAAUUGUGCCCUCUCGCGCUUUAACACGACCGGCAUCGACCUGCCCAUCAUUAGUUUCAUCAGCCUGGCGAACAACAACUUCACGGUGGUGCCACCGCUAGUCCAGGCGUUUCCUGCGAUGGAUUCGUUCAGUCUGCAAGGCAACCCGCUGUCAUGCAAUGCUCUGCGGGCUCGUUCGGAGCUGAUUUUGUCGGGAAAGCUUAUACUCGGGCCACCCCACGGCAGCUCUCAAAAUUGCGCGGCAGGUUCGAUAACGCUUCAAAACUCGCUGUCAUUGUGCUGUAAAGCUUGA